CUCUGGGAGGUUUAGGAAGCGGCUCCGGGUCGGUGGCCCCAGGACAGGGAAGAGCGGGCGCUAUGGGGAGCCGGGCACCAGGGUUCCCUCUCCACGCCGUGCAGCUGCGCUGGGGCCCCCGGCGCCGACCCCCGCUGCUGCUGCUGCUGCUGCUGCCGCCGCUGCUGCUGCUGCCGCCGCCACCCAGGGUCGGGGGCUUCAACUUAGACGCCGAGGCCCCAGCUGUGCUCUCUGGGCCCCCGGGCUCCUUCUUCGGCUUCUCGGUGGAGUUUUACCGGCCGGGAUCAGACGGGGUCAGCGUGCUGGUGGGAGCGCCCAAGGCUAACACCAGCCAGCCGGGAGUGCUGCAGGGUGGUGCUGUCUACCUCUGUCCCUGGGGCGCCAGCCCGGUACACUGCACACCCAUUGAAUUUGACAGUAAAGGCUCUCGGAUCCUGGAGUCCUUAGUGUCCAGCCCAGAGGGACAGGAGCCUGUGGAGUACAAGUCCUUGCAGUGGUUCGGAGCAACAGUUCGAGCCCACGGCUCCUCCAUUUUGGCCUGUGCUCCUCUAUACAGCUGGCGCACAGAGAAGGAGCCGCUGAGCGACCCCGUGGGCACCUGCUACCUCUCCACAGGCAAUUUCACCCGAAUUCUGGAGUAUGCACCUUGCCGCUCAGAUUUCAGCUGGGCAGCAGGACAGGGUUACUGCCAAGGGGGCUUCAGUGCUGAGUUCACCAAGACUGGGCGUGUGGUCCUGGGUGGACCAGGGAGCUAUUUCUGGCAAGGCCAGAUCCUGUCUGCCACCCAGGAACAGAUUGCAGAAUCCUAUUACCCUGAGUACCUGAUCAACCUGGUGCAGGGCCAGCUGCAGACCCGCCAGGCCAGUUCCAUUUACGAUGACAGUUACCUGGGAUACUCUGUGGCUGUGGGUGAAUUCAGUGGUGACGACACAGAAGACUUUAUUGCUGGCGUGCCCAAAGGGAACCUCACCUAUGGUUAUGUCACCAUCCUUAAUGGCUCAGAUGUCCGAUCCCUCUACAACUUCUCAGGGGAGCAGAUGGCCUCCUACUUCGGCUAUGCAGUGGCUGCCACAGACAUCAACGGGGACGGGCUGGAUGACUUGCUGGUGGGGGCACCUCUGCUCAUGGAGCGGACCGCUGAUGGGCAGCCUCAGGAGGUGGGCAGGGUCUAUGUCUACCUGCAGCACCCAACUGGCAUGGAGCCCACACCUGCCCUGACCCUCACCGGCCAUGAUGAGUUUGGCCGAUUUGGCAGCUCCUUGACGCCCCUGGGGGACCUGGACCAGGAUGGCUACAAUGAUGUAGCCAUUGGAGCUCCCUUUGGUGGAGAGACCCAGCAGGGAGUAGUGUUUAUAUUCCCUGGGGGCCCAGGGGGGCUGGGCUCUAAGCCGUCCCAGGUUCUGCUGCCCCUGUGGGCAGCUGGCCACACGCCGGACUUCUUUGGUUCUGCGCUUCGAGGAGGCCGAGACCUGGAUGGCAACGGAUACCCUGAUCUGAUUGUGGGGUCCUUCGGUGUGGACAAGGCUGUGGUGUACAGGGGCCGCCCCAUUGUCUCUACCAGUGCCUCCCUCACCAUCUUCCCUGCCAUGUUCAACCCAGAGGAGCGCAGCUGCAGCUUGGAGGGGAACCCUGUGGCUUGCAUCAACCUUAGCUUCUGCCUCAAUGCUUCUGGAAAACACGUUCCUGACUCCAUUGGCUUCACAGUCGAGCUCCAGUUGGACUGGCAGAAGCAGAAGGGGGGCGUACGGCGGGCACUGUUCCUGGCCUCCAGACAGGCAACCCUGACCCAGACCCUGCUCAUCCAGAAUGGGGCUCGGGAGGACUGCAGAGAGAUGAAGAUCUACCUCAGGAAUGAGUCAGAGUUCCGAGACAAGCUCUCCCCGAUUCAUAUCGCCCUCAACUUCUCCCUGGACCCCCAAUCCCCUGUGGACAGCCAUGGCCUCCGGCCAGUCUUACAUUACCAGAGCAAGAGCCGCAUAGAGGACAAGGCUCAGAUCUUGCUGGACUGUGGAGAAGACAACAUCUGUGUGCCGGACCUACAGCUGGAAGUGUUUGGGGAGCAGAACCACGUGUACCUGGGCGACAAGAACUCCCUGAAGCUAACUUUCCACGCCCAGAAUGUGGGUGAGGGCGGUGCCUAUGAGGCUGAGCUUCGGGUCACAGCCCCGCCAGAGGCUGAGUACUCCGGACUCGUCAGAAACCCAGGGAACUUCUCCAGCCUGAGUUGUGACUACUCUGCUGUCAACCAGAGCCGCCUGCUGGUGUGUGACCUGGGCAACCCCAUGAAGGCAGGAGCGAGUAUCUGGGGUGGACUUCGGUUCACAGUCCCUCACCUCCGGGACACAAAGAAAACCAUCCAGUUUGACUUCCAGAUUCUCAGCAAGAAUCUCAACAACUCACAAAGCGAAGUGGUUUCCUUCCGGCUCUCAGUGGAGGCUCACGCCCAGGUCUCCCUUAACGGUGUCUCCAAACCUGAGGCAGUGCUAUUCCCAGUGAGCGACUGGCAUCCCCGAGACGAACCUCAGGAGGAGGGAGACGUGGGCCCUGCUGUCCACCAUGUCUAUGAGCUCAUCAACCAGGGCCCCAGCUCCAUUAGCCAGGGCAUGCUGGAGCUCAGCUGUCCCCGGACUUUGGAAGGUCAGCAGCUUUUCUACAUGACCAGGGUGACAGGACUUGGCAACUGCACCACCAGUCACCCCUCCAACCCACAGAACCUGGAGUUGGAUCCAGAGGGUUCCCAGCACCACCGGCUACAAAGACGGGAAGCUCCAGGCCGGAGUCCGGCCUCCCCAGGACCUCAGAUCCUGAAAUGCCCCGAGGUGGAGUGUUUCAGGCUGCGUUGUGAGCUCGGGCCACUGCACCGACAAGAAAGCCGAAGUCUGCAACUGCAUUUCCGAGUGUGGGCCAAGACCUUCCUGCAACGGGAACACCAGCCAUUUAGCCUGCAGUGUGACGCUGUAUAUGAAGCCUUGAAGAUGCCCUACCGAAUCCUGCCCCAGCAGCUUCCCCGAAAGGAACUUCAGGUGGCCACGGCUGUGCAGUGGACCAAGGCAGAAGGCAGCCACAGCGUCCCACUGUGGAUCAUUAUCCUAGCCAUCCUCAUUGGCCUCCUGCUCCUAGGGCUGCUCAUCUAUAUCCUCUACAAGCUCGGAUUCUUCAAACGCUCCCUCCCAUACGGCACCGCCAUGGAAAAAGCUCAACUCAAGCCACCAGCCACCUCUGAUGCUUGACUCCUCCCGAUUCCAGACUCCCAAUCCUCAAGGCCCAGUCCUCCCACCCUCAGUCUACUGACAGGGAGGGGGCUGGGCACUUCCUGAAGGUGCUGAGGGCCAGGGAGAAGCUCCUCUCCCCAGCCUAGAGACAUACUUGAAGGGCCAGAGCCGGGAGUUGAGGAGCUGGGGAUCCCCUCCCCCCAUGCACUGUGAAGGACCCUCGUUUACACAUGCCCUCCUCAUGGAUAGGGGAACUCAGAUCCAGGGAUAGAGGCCCCAGCCUCCCUGUAGCCUUUGCAUUUUGGAGAAAGUUUCCUGAAAACAACUUGGAACCAGCCCUGGGAAAUCCGAUCCCAGUUCUCUGGGCCAGAUGUGCCACCAGGACUUCCUGUCCAGCUCCAGCCUGCAAAGAUCUAUCCUCAGUCUUGCCAGAGAUCCACAGGAAGCCCCCAGCUAAGAACCUGGAACCCGGGGAGUGAGACCUGGAAGCUCUGGACAGCCCUGGUGGGCCAACAAGGAACACUAACUGUGGAUGGUGCCCCAGGCCCAGCUCAGGACAGAUCCCAAACAAGGAUCAUGCUGGCUCAGAACCAGCUCCAAGGGGAUUCAGAACUCUAAUGGGGCCAGAUCGAACCUGGGGCCUGGGGUUGAUCUGGGACCCAGACUCAGACAUUGGUAAACUAACCAGGCAGAUCCAGGACUACAUUUGAGCCUGUUCCAGACCUGGGCCUGGAGGCCCAAUCCACUUCUGACUCGGGAGAAGUCAGGAAUUGCCCAGGACCGUGAAGGGGCCAUGAUGGUAACAGAUCUGGAACCUCAGCCUGGCCAGGAGCAGGCCCUCCCAGUCCCCCAGAAAAAGGGGAGCCCACUGUCCUGGGCCUGCAGGAUUUGGGUUCUGCCCACUAGCUGCACUGACGCUGCCCCUUUCUCCCUUCCCAACCUCCCCUCACCUCAGCUCCGGACAUCCGGGACUUAUUUAAACUCUGUUGCAAGUGCAAUAAACCCGGCCCGGUGCCCCCACUGACCAGAGCUGGAAUUUGUGUCCUAACCUACUCUUUCCAAACCCAUCCUGGAACCAGAUGGCUUGAUGCAGAGGAAAUGUCUGUUCACUCUUGGAGUCA